GUGUAUUAUUGGGUCGAUCCCUGGAAUUAGUUAUUUGGGGUUUGUGUUUCAAAGUCAGACUAACUGCUCAAUCUAUCCUUGUUUCUUCGUUAUUUUGCAGUUGUUGUUGUGAAGUGAAUAUUAGCAGCCAUGCAGAGAGAGUCUGCGAACUGAAGCCGCAUUUGCGGUGAUUGCUAAACUUGGCAAAUAACACAAAGACUUAAAUUGCAACCCAUAAGCAGUUCAGCAGACAAGCUGUCGCGCCGCCGAGCGAAUUUUCGCACGCACGCAAAGAAAAAGGUAUACCGCGAAGCAAAACGAGGGUGUCACCAAUUUAGCCUUUCUCUCCCUCUCGUCAGAGGGUGCGGAGAAGGAAGAGGGAAAGGCGCCAUCAAGAGAACUUAGCCUCGGAAAAGAAGAACAUUUAGGCUGGGCGCGGCGGUCGAAGAAACACAACUACGUGCGCCAGGAAGAACACAACCUAUAGAAGCGCGGCAGAUAGCCUGAAGACGGGCGUAUCGUCCGCCAACCACGGAGGCGAGAAUCGUUUAGUUGCUGACGACACAAUGGGCACCAGCACAUCGUCCAUUGUUUCGUCACAAUAUUGGAAAUGGACUCGCGCGAAACUUCGACUGCCUAAUUCAGCAGCUUGGAUGCAUAGCUUCAUAUGUCUGUUGUUUUGUCUGCAAGUCGUGGCGGGUUACGAACGGAUUGACUUCAUAUCAAGAUUCAACUUGAGUAGUUCCAAUCUUCCAAGAACUGAGGGUUAUUGUGACAACGGAUAUCUAGAUUCCUAUGAGUUUUCUUCGGGACAAUCGAAGACAGUUAAAACUCGAGAAAUUUUUCCAGAGGGUUUUUUUCCGGAUGAGUUCAGUAUUUUUUGCUACAAUCAAACCAUACAAGAAUCAGAAGAGUGCACAUCUAUUGUCGCUCGCGUCAUGAAGAUGAAUGGAUUCAACUUGGUGUUCAAGUUGGAACCGCAACCUGAAUUUUAUUAUCAGGACAUGAAACGACCGGUUGUGGAGCAAAGAAAUGCUGUGUUUGGAACAAAGAAGGAUCCUGUGGCAUUUUCAUCGAAAGAAUGGCACCGGGUAGCUUGGUCAGUAUACAAUGAUCGAGUGCAAUUCUAUGUUGACUGUGACUUAGUAAUGGACACGAACAUCACAAGGAAAAACCUCAAAACUUUGCUGAAUGGCGAUGGUGAUUUAAUCAUUGGUGAUCCUGGGAAGUCAAAUGUUGGAUUCAAAGGAUCGAUUUACCAACUUGAAAUGACGAAUGAUCCAACCCAUGCCGGUUUCAUGUGCCAAGACUUUACGCCAGGUUGUCUACAGAUGGCUGCGGGAUUUUCUCCACCUGAGAUCGAAGUUGAAGUGAUUUCUCAGUCACAUCAAACUUUGUGGCAGUUAUCUCAUCUUGCAUCCGCCCUGCCAUAA